AUGAUUAUGUCUAAUCUACCAUUAGUCCAUUACUAUGAGGAAUAUAUUGCAGAAUCAUUGGAUCAUCACAAUUCGUCGUCAGAAGUGAAUAAGAUGAUUGCCCAACGCGGUCAAUCACCGCAAAGUCCAUCCAAGCACAUAACGGUUGUUGAUGUUUAUGACUUAGCAGCUUCAAUAGGCAAAGACUUUGAACGUCUAAUUGAACUUCACGGCAAUGAAUGUGUUCGUGGCAUUAUGCCAAAGGUUAUAUCAGCUCUAGAGACAUUAGAAUCAUUAGCUAACAACAAUGAUAAAGAGAAUGAGGAGAUAAUAUCAUUACAAAAGACUAUUGAUCGACUUGAACAGGAAAAGCAUACAAAACAAUUACAAAGCUCGAAAUUUGAAGACGAAUUAGAACAAAUAGAAGAAACAUAUAAAAAAGAUAUUACUGAACUACGAGACAUGGUUAAAUCAUUAUUAUGUGAGAAUCGAACCUUAUCCAGUACUGUAUCAUCACUUCCGCCAAUCAUUGAGAGUUCUGGAAUUCCUUUUAAAGAAGAAGAUGUUCGAUUGAUGUUAGAACUGAAAGAUUGUUCGGUUAAACAGAAAGAGGAAAUCAAAAAUCUCCAGAAGGAUAAUGAACACUACGCGACAGAGAUCGAACAACUUCAAAAUGCUGUGGAAAAGCUUAUUCGACAGAAUGAAGAACUUUUACGGAAAAAUAGUUCAUUGCAAAAGCAAGGGAGAGUUAUCGUUGAAGAAAAGACUGCUGUUAUGAAGAGAUUGGAAAAAUCGGAAGAAGCUUACAUCCAAAUAGAGAAACUACUAAAAGAAACUAAUAGAACAUGCCGUGACUUACAGCAAGCUAACAUGCUUGAUGAUGAGCCUCGGUUCACAUUAGCUGAACUCCGUGAAGUUCUUCAAGAGAAGAACGUUUUGAAGGGCCGAGUAAUGGAAUUAGAAGAAGAAUUAGAAGUUUUCAAGCCCGGAUCAGCUCGUAAGGAGUUCGAAAAGCUGGAUGAUACACCCGAACCUGAAGAAGAAAAAUCGUUGAAGAAGGAUGAAGAGGAUCUUCCUGUUUAUGGACCCCUUCCUCGCGAACCCGAUGAGAAGCUUCAUCCCUGGAAAUAUGAACGUAAAGAUAGCGGAGUUCGCAAAUUUUUCCGCUUCUUUAAAGACUGGGGACAGCCAGCAUCUCCACGUCAACCAUCUUCGGCUCAGAACUCACCUCGACCUGUACGUUCUUCAACAUCAUCAACACUGGCAGCUGUUGCUAACUCUUAA